CCGACGCCCUGCCCUCUCCAGCGUCUCCAGGGCCCCUGUCAGACCCAACAACCUCUUGCUCUUGCGAUUUGUCCCUUCCGGGGAUACAGCGCAAUCCAAUCAGACCCACUCAGUGCUCCAAGGACAGCGCAGGCCACUCCCGAGGGAUCUCAAGCCCCAGGGAAAGUGGCCGGAAAAAAAAAUCUCUUGUUUACUGGGCCAGAGAGGCCUCUGCUGGGAUUCGUUUCCCUAUUUCUGCGGUUUCUUUUCAGCAGAUUCCUGGGGCUGGAGAAGAAAGGGUGGUAACUGGUGGAUCCACCCCGGCAGGGAGUGGGGGUGGGGUUCAGGGGAAUCCGAAUUCGUGGAAAGGUCCCCUGACUUCAGGAGUGGCCGGACUCGGAGUCAGGAACAAUGUGGUCAGGAGCGCAGGGACCACAGGGAUAGCGUUGAACACUGUACCUCGGGAACAAAACUGAGAAGGCUAAUUAGGACAGGUCACCACAGGGAACCGGGACGCGGGGAGGGGAACCCGCGAUGAGAGAAACUCGGGCGCGGGGUAGUCAGGCCUACGAAGAUGCUGGCCAAUAACCCGCUGGGGGUUCUGGGCUCAGUCCACAGAGUUAGGGGCAUACGCCGUGGCAUUCCUCAUGAUCUUGGAGACUGGGCUCUCCCGGGAGGAUCACGCAUGAAAGAGGGGGGCGCUCAGUGUGUGCUGUGUCCACGUGUGCAAGCUCGAGAGGGGAGGGGGCGCAGAAGGCGUGACAAAGACGGACUUUACGUCUGAGUGUGCGCCUCGCUCCAGCGGGGAGCAGCGAACUGUGCCAGGCAUGUGCCUCAUGGGAAAGCCAGGACGAAAGUGACAAAGGCUGGGUGUCUGUCACGGGGAAACUCGCCAAGGUGGCCACUGAGCGUCUGUGGGUGCGUGCGAUCGCUGGGAGAUGCAACCAAGAAGUGUGCUGGAUUGCACCCCCGAACCGCUUUCGGGAGAGAAAGGCGAGUCCAGAAAGUGAGUACGCGCAAGUGAGCGCGCGCCCGCGUACGGGGGCGUGGCAGUAAACAGCAACAACCCACACUCCAGCUUGGCCAGAAACUCGGAUCUCUCUUCCCAGCUCGAAAGAGCUCAGCGGCCGAGCCUGGAGGGACCCAGCUGAAGCCUGGCCUGGGAGCCAGGAUGGCCAUCCACAACACCUUGCUGAUGUGUCUAGGACUGCCUCUGUUCUUUCCAGGGGCCUGGGCCCAGAACCAUGCCCCACCUGGCUGCAGCCCAGACCUGGAUCCGAUCUACUACAACCUUUGUGACCGCUCCGGGGCUUGGGGCAUCGUCUUGGAGGCAGUGGCCGGGGCAGGCAUCAUCACAACAUUUGUGCUCACCAUCAUCCUUGUGGCCAGCCUUCCAUUUGUGCAGGACACUAAGAAGCGGAGCCUCCUGGGGACCCAGGUGUUCUUCCUGCUGGGCACCCUGGGCCUCUUCUGCCUUGUGUUUGCCUGCGUGGUAAAGCCUGAUUUCUCCACCUGCGCCUCUCGACGCUUCCUCUUUGGGGUCUUGUUUGCCAUCUGCUUCUCCUGCCUGAUAGCCCAUGUCUUUGCCCUUAACUUCCUAGCCCGGAAGAACCACGGGCCCCGGGGCUGGGUGAUCUUCACUGUGGCCCUGCUUCUCACCCUUGUGGAGGUCAUCAUCAACACCGAGUGGCUGAUCAUCACCCUGGUACGGGGAGGUGGCCAGGCUGGCCCUCUGGGCAAUGGCAGUGGCAGUGCCGACUGGACCAUGACCUCCCCCUGUGCCAUUGCCAACAUGGACUUUGUCAUGGCACUCAUCUACGUCAUGCUGCUACUGUUGGGAGCCUUCCUAGGAGCCUGGCCCACCUUGUGUGGCCGCUUUAAGCGCUGGCGGAAGCACGGGGUCUUUGUGCUGCUCACCACGUCCCUCUCCAUUGCCAUCUGGGUGGUAUGGAUUGUCAUGUACACCUAUGGCAAUAAGCAGCACCGUAGCCCCACCUGGGAUGACCCCACCCUGGCCAUUGCCCUCGCUGCCAAUGCCUGGACUUUUGUCCUCUUCUAUGUCAUCCCCGAGGUCUCCCAGGUGACCAAACCCAGCCCAGAACAGAGCUACCAGGGGGACAUGUACCCUACCCGCGGCGUGGGCUACGAGACCAUCCUGAAAGAGCAGACGGGCCAGAGCAUGUUCGUGGAGAACAAGGCAUUUUCCAUGGAUGAGCCAGCCUCAGCGAAGAGACCCGUGUCACCUUACAGUGGCUACAAUGGGCAGCUGCUGACCAGUGUGUACCAGCCCACUGAGAUGGCCCUGAUGCACAAAGGCCCGUCCGAAGGCGCUUAUGACGUCAUCCUCCCACGGGCCACCGCCAACAGCCAGGUGAUGGGCAGUGCCAACUCAACCCUGCGAGCUGAAGACAUGAUCAGUCCCCGAAAAGCAAAACGAGAUGGUAGAUGCCCUCUUCCCUGGACCACACCUCAUCCGGAUACCCUCAUUGCUCUGCAUCCAGCUGAGCAGGGCCCAGCAGUUUACCCACCUUUGUCCUUGGAGCUGGGAGGGACCAGAGGCUACCAGUCGGAAGCAUUGGACUGAGUGGGGACCUGGGGACAGACCUGACGCAUGUGACUGGUGCUCAUAGGAUCAUCUGCCCUCUUGCCCAUCCCAGCCUCCCGGUCCCCAUGUGACUGCAGCGACAGGGAACUAACUGCUGACUCCGGUCUCCUGCCUUCACACAUCCCCCAAGGCACGGAGUCUGCGUCCCCAUGUGGUUCUCCAGGUGGCUGUUGCUCCGCUGUGAGCAUCAGGUGUGUGAUGUCACUGUUUUGACACUGGACCUUCUUGGCCGUGUUGGUAACCCAUCAGUGUGUCACACAAUGCCCGCCAGAUGCAUCUCUGAGUCUCCAGAGACAAGCCACACAGAAGUCAUCCCUUGCCCUACUCACGGCCUUCUGCCAUCUUCCAGACUGUGGAAGGUCACAGGCGAGGAGCAGAGCCCAGGUUGGGCAGGUUGUUUCUCAUGACCUGAGGGUCCCGGGUCCCGGCACCUUUGUGCCUGGAUUGCGUCUACCCUACCUUCAGUGAGCUGUGUCCCCUCACCAGGGCAAGGCCGUUCUCUCUGCCUGUCCUGCCCUCCCCGCUGCCCAUCAGCACUGGGGAUGGGAAUUACAACACUUGUCCCAACUGGGCAAGCUUUCCCGUGGUCCAGCACUGCCGCACAGAGAGCCCCACAUAAGAGUGGAAGAGCUGGCGGCCCCUGUGUUGCUUAGAGCUUUGCAUUAUUUAUGUACCUCGGUUAACCCCCUGGCCGCAUCUCCCCAGUCUGCUUUUGGCUUCUGUGCCGGCUCCCAGGAUGGCUUCUAAGACAGGUGCCGAGGUGGAAUUACCUGGAUCUUGUAGAUUCUGGAGGUACUUGCUGGGACUACUUGGACAUACGUGGUUGGGGUCUGGGGAGCACCCUUAGGAGACAGUGGGCGGGAGUCAGGGCUGCAUUCUCAGGGUGAUUUGAACCUUUCCUAUGUCGGGCUGGUGGGAUGUGGGGUCCAGGACUGGAGAUUGCUUGUGGGAAGAUGUCUAAGUUUCUACCUCAGCUUGGGCAGCAGAUGUCCUUGGGACACCUGGACAAGCCCUGCUGCUUUUUAUCACUAGAGGAACCUCUAGUGUCCUUGGCCUUAGGACAUGCACCUGAGGAACCUGAAGGCCACCCAGGUCAGAGAGGGCCAUUUCCGGGCCUGCGAGCUGCUGGCACCCAUGACUGAGAUGAUCAUGGUACCAGACCCUGGGGACAAGAUCUCCACAGCAUCAUCCUUUGUUCUACUCUUGGGUACCAGACAGAGCCUCCUCCAGGCCCUCCCCAAGUGUGCCCUGGAGCCUGGCCUUUAGCACAGCUCUACGUAGUGCUGAGGUAGAGGUUUCCCAGGAAGGUGCCUCACGCUUAGUCCAUGGCUUCCAUGCAGCCCCUAGCAGCCAGUGCCUUUUAUCAUUGGGUAGUAGGUCCCCACGGAGUGGGACUACACCUCCAAAUGUGACUUCUCCUGGCUUGACCUCUCUGUUGAAAUGAGGAUGCUCCAUCUAUGAGCAAUACACUAUUCAAGCCCCCCCCCCCCCACACACACACAAAGGAAGGGGGUCUCCAUGCACCUCACACUGUCCUUGAUCUAGAGCUCUGAGAUCUGUCCCAUCGAGCAAGGGACUAGUUUGCUGUCUUAAGUCGUCUUUCAGGACUCCCAAAGCACUAGAUGCCUAGGUGUGCAGCCUGUGGUGGCUGUGGCUGCGUUUAUAGCCCAAGUCCUUACUGCAGCUGCAGCUGAGGGGUGAUGGGCUCCUGGAAGAUGCAGCUCUGCCUGGAUGCAGGAAGUACCCAUGGUACUUACUUACCCUGCGUCUUCCAGUUCUGGUUCCAGUGAGAAGUCCAUUUUUAGGAGGUUUGGGGGCCUCCUAGUUAGCAGCGCCGUAUCACACUCAAGCCUUGAAUGGGAGACAAUGAGAAGGCCCAGGCCUGGUUCAAGUUCAUCCUUCACAGGCCAGUCCCUUGGUAGAUGUCACACCAACACUGUUAAAUCCUACAGUGGAUGUAAAUGGGGGUUCAACUUUGUAACUACUCGGAAUUAAAUGACUGCCCUUUCUUUGCGAGGGCUUAACGC